AUGAGCUCCGGGAUGGCCGGAUCGGUCCUCCUCCGCCGCGCCGGCGCUGGCGCCAACCGCCUCUUCGCCACCACCGCGACGUCCCCGGGGGCCAAGACCUCCCUUGUCGGCGGCAAGGGCGCGUUGCUGCGGAUGAUGUCCACUUCCUUGGUUUCACUGCGGCAGCCAUGGGAGGCGUACAGCGCAGACAUGUCGAUCGAUCUGACCAAGCACCAUGUGCCCAACACGAUGCUCGACAAGAUCGCCUACUACACCGUCAAGUCCCCGCGCUUCCCCACCGACAUCUUCUUCCAGGUACUCUUCUGUUAA